GAUCGGGCCGCAUUCCAUUCCCGGGCAAGGUUCUUUACCUAAUUGUUUACAGGCUCCGCGCUCUCUUCUUGCCCGUCCUGCCCUGGCCCCCACUCUCUGGCAUCUCUAUUCCCUUCUCCCUUUUUACGGUGAGCUCCACAGGAACGCGGCACCCGGAACCUCAGUAUUGGGGCGGAGGAGAUAGGGGAAGAGACGGAGCGUUGCAUCUCGUUUUUCCGGUACCACACACGUGUGCGUUCGGGUUGGCUGGGGCUGCCGGAGGAGGGUGAGGAGCAGCGGGUCUGUUUGAGGAGCUCGCUGCAGCGAGUGGAGCUGAAGGGUAACAGAUAUUGCCAGAUGUGCUGAGUUUUUCAAGCAAUUUCUAUUUUUAAUUCAGAUUUCCAGCAUCUGCAGUUCUUUAGUUUAUUUCAGGUAUUGCUUUGUGGUGUAUAAGGAGAAGGGACCUAGAAUAAAACAAAAUGGUGGUCUUCAUCUGUAAUGGAUGUGGAGCAUCUGUCAAGAAAGCUCAAGUGGAAAAACAUUUUAACAGUUGUCGGAAUUGCCCGUGCUUGUCAUGUAUUGACUGUGGCAAGGACUUUUGGGGUGAGGAUUACAAAGCACAUAUUAAAUGCAUUAGUGAAGAUGAAAAGUAUGGUGGUAAAGGAUUUGAAGCCAAGGCCAAAAAAGGAGAUGUGAAACAACAACAAUGGAUAGAGAAAGUCCAUCAAGUCAUGAAUGAAUCAAAUGUUAGCCCCAAGGUGCGUGAAAUUCUGGAACAAAUGAAUUCGUAUGACAACAUACCUCGAAAAAAAAUCAAAUUUCAGAACUGGAUGAAAAACAGUUUGCAGAUCUACAACGAGACGCUACAGGAGCAAGUUUGGGAUGUCUUUGCUGCUGCUCUCGGCAAGGAUAAAAAUAAAGAGCAACCUAUGCAAAAUGACACUCCAAAUGGUGUGGCCCCAGCAGAAUCUGUGGAAGUAGACCAGAACCAGGCACCUGUAGUCAAAAGUGAAGACAAGGAAGGAGACAAACAGGAUGCAAAAGAGAAACGGCAGAAAAAAUCCAAAAAAGGAAAGAAACUCUUAAACUCGGAGGAAUGUAAAAAUUCCUUGAAGCCUGAACUAGAUUCUAAAGCAAAGGAACCCAAUAAAACACUGAAGGAAAAAAAGAAAAAACUUAAAAAACUGCGCGAGAAAGAUGGAGCCCAUAUUGUGGAGGAAAAUGGCAAUCAAGCAGAGGCUUGUGAACAAGAGGGCAGUGAAAAUGCACAUGGCAGCAAGAAGGGCAAGAAGCGUAAACAGAAAACAUCCAGUGAAGGUGAACCCAACUCAAAACGGGAGAAAGUGGAAAUUCCAGAAGCCAAAGAAAUGGAAGAAGAUAAUGAAGUAAAGCAAGGGAAAUUCAACUGGAAAAGAACAAUCAAAAUUGUUCUAAAGCAGUCUCCAGAGCACGAAAUUUCUAUUAAAAAAUUGCGGAAAAAGGUUCUAUCCCAGUACUACGCUGAGAGUGGUGAUAGUAACUACAAAUCUGAAGUGGAACUCCUGGCAAUCUUUUACAAGAAGAUAAGCUCUAACCCUAAAUUUAAAGUGCUAAAGGAUAAAGUAAAACUUGUAAAAUAACAUACAAAAUUUAAAAAGAAAAGUACUUUAGAUAGCAAAAAACUGGACCACAGACAGAAAAUCAAUUUAUUUUGUCUCUUUUGUAGCUGGCAUUCAGAAUAUUUUGCUUUUAUAUGUAUUGCUGAAAUUGCAACAUUGAGUCAAGGACAGUUCAUGCUUCAUUGUGUCUCUAAGGUGCCCUGAUAUUUAAUAAAUGAACUAUUUAUACAAAUGCCAGAAAAAGUUGACUCCCUCACAGAUGUAAUGUUUAGAAGUUGUGAUGUGAUCACAAGACAGAUUCAACGUCAAGGAAACUGUGGAACUCAUCUAUACUAAACUUUCGAGAACAUUCACAGAAUUUAUCCAUUCCCUUAUCAUGGAAUCUGUAUGUUUCAUCAACUGUUUUAAUUGCUUGUGUUUUGUUUCAACUGAUCUGUGUGAAGUUCAUUGUAUUGCAUGUUUCUUUCUAUGGAGGACAUUGACUUUUGUCCUAAAUGCAUUGAAAAGAUCAACAGCAUACCUGUCUUUUGUCUUUUAGAACAUUUGGGUGUUAAAUUUUGCAACCUACUAAAGUAAUUUGAUCUUAAAUUCAAUCAGUGUUGUGUUGAAAUAAUCUUAUUGUCGUGAACUAUCUAAUCAUGGAGAGAACUAAAGACAUCUCCAUUCUUUUGGUGGUCAUGUUGCCAGUUGCUUACAGUAAUGCAGAAACUAACUACUUUCUACCAAAAAUAAAUAUUAUAUGUAGAAUAUUCAUAUUGCAGAAGCUAAUUCAGAUAUGAACAUGGACUUCUUGCAGUUGGAAACUACCUGCAGUUAGUUUGUCACUUAUCAGGUGGAGGGUGUAAUACAUUGCCAUCACACAGCCUGUUCUGUCCCUGUACUUGUUUUCCCAUUGUACAUAUGUCAACAAAGAGCUUACCCCCAGUGACCUUUUUUAAAGUUUGUGAGAAAGAAAAAUAAUGCCUAAAACAGUUGUUUUGUUCAAUUUCUACUUUUUGAUGUAACUACUGGACUUAUCAGUGACUGGAUUCUGAUAUGUA